AGGUAUGCCUUAGUAAAGGAGCGUUGCAACAGCUGAGUCUUGGAGUGACAACCCAGGGAGUCGAGUCCAAGAAUCGAGGUCUGUCGGCCAGCGAUCCUAAGAUUGUGACCAGGAGCAGGAACUCAACCACUCGUAUCCAUUCAGCAGCCCACAGAAUGAACCAUAACAUAGCCGAGAGCGGGCGACGGAAACUAAAGUGGUUCAACAUCGAAGUCGAUACUUGUUGCCGCCCAAUGAUAGCGCUGGACAGAAUUGCAAUGAACAGGCAGUACACAGUCAGGUACAAACGGAGUGCUAGACACCAGAAGUUAUCUGGUGUUUUGAAAAACAUCAGGGCAACAGAUUACUUCACAAAGAAGAAAAACAAAACCAGGGGUGGUGACUACAAGAAACAUGUGAUGAUAACAAUGCCGGACUUGCGAAGGAAGGCUGUCAAGAAGGCUGUUGCACGACGAGACAGACCGCCUGUACCAGAGUGGAAAUGUCUCGACCCAAACAGCAGAAACUAUGACCACUCCUACUUUUGGCGAUCCUUCAAGGUCCAACCAGCCAUCAAGACAACCAAGAGGUUGCCAUCGCGAUUUACUGUUGUUGGUUAUUGCAAGAGGAGUCGUUGGCACAUUUCAAGUCCAGGAAAGCACUUGCUGUUCCCACAUUCAGAGUAAGGUGUGCUUACUCAUUUUACUGCUUUCCAUUCCCGGAGAGCGUUAUCAAAUAUCUGCCGCAAGGCAACAAAUAUCUGCCGCAAGGCGCUUCAAAUAUCUGCCGAAAGGCAUCAAAUAUCUGUCACACCAAUAAAGUUCAUUUUGUUAACCAACUCUUUAUCUUCUUUUCUUCACAUACAAAAAAGACCGUCCCAAACAUUUGGCUGCAUCCACUUCAUCAAUGUCCAGACAACAGUCGGUUCAUUUGACCAUUGUAAAGCACCAGGCCCCACCUCACAAAAUACACUGUAAUAAUUAUGUACCUUGUGUCCAUGUGCAUGUUAUUAGUUCCACCUACGCUGCAUGAAGACAAGGACUCCACUCUUUGACGUCACCACACAACUCCUUGACGUCAUCACACACCCCACUACUGCAACGGCAACAGAAAUGACUUUACGUCAUAUAGCAGGGUGACGUCAACUCAGUACUUCAGCAUGCACUGAUAUAGCAAGAAGGUCUUCGCACCAGCACUUCUGCGUGCUAGACGUUAUAGCUUCACGUUGCCUCAUAAUAACGGUACCGACACACACUUGGCCCUUGCC